UUGUCUGCUGACGGGCCCGCUGACAAAGCGAAGAAGGAGACCGAUGAUUCCGCAGUAAAGACCACGGAAUCGUCCGACAAGGACACCAAAGCAGAGAAGAUCGCUGAGUCCUCAAGCAAGGAGCAAUCUCCUGCAGACAAGCCAUCCGAGAAGUCGGGGGAGGAAACUGUAAAGAAGGAGGCGACAAGCAAGGACAAGACACAGGUCACCAAGGAGGACCCCAAGAAGGACGCGGCGGCCACCAAGGAGAAGCCGGAAACCGACAAGAAGGAAGUAGAGACGGCAAAGGAAGAAUCCAAGCCGACCAAAGCAACUUCAGAACAAGCUGCGAAGGAUAAGCAUGAGACCAAAGAGAAAGCAAAGACGUCCGAAAAAGAGUCGGAAGUUGCCAAGGAGAAAGCGGAUGCGAAGUCCGAGAAAGCAGACGCUGCCAAGGAAAAAGAAGAGAAGCCCGAUGAAACCGAGGAGAAAGCACCAGCAGCGGUACCUGCAGCUGCGCCGGCAGCAUCACCAGCAGCAGCACCAUCAGCAGAAGCAGUUGCCGACAAGAAAGAGAAGGACAAAGCGGAGGAAUCCGCCGAUAGCAACGGCCAGGGCACCACAACCAGCACAACGCUGUCCGUCUACGAUGCUCCCAACGUCCAGAAGGCCACCACCACCAUUGGCCCCGUCGACAAUGAGACUUUGAGCGCCUACAUGAAGGAGUGUGCGCAGCAGCUCAAGGCCAUUGUCAAGAAGGCAGAGUCCUACUACACACACGAGCAGCUGGUAAUCGCGCUUCGUCAAGAGUGUGACCUGGACAAGGAGUUCCCCACCGUGCGCAAGGACUGCCGCAAGUUCGCGGAGGACCUUGGUGCUGCUCGCGAGGCAGAACUAAAGGGCGAUGCCAACGCCUAUAGCGAGCACCGGGCCCAGCGU